AUGAUAGACCUGUCAACGUUAUUAGUAUUUACAUCAAUAUUAUAUGUGAACGCCGGUGGAGGAGGCGGUGGUUAUGGUGGCGGAGGGGGUAUUAAGGGUGGAGGAGGCGGUUUUAUUAGCUCAGGUGGCGGCGGUUCAAGUGGUGGCGGUUUUAUUAGCUCCGGAGGCGGCGGUCACGGAGGAUAUGGUGGUGGCGGCGGUAAAGGUGGCGGCGGAGGAGGUUUUAUGAGCUCAGGUGGCGGUUAUGGCGGUGGCGGCGGUGGUGGGUUCAGUAUGGGCUCGUUUGGUGGUCAUAUGGGCGGCGGCGGUAUGAAAGGAGGUGGUGGCGGUGGUUUUAAUUUUAUGGGCGGUGGCGGUAGCUUCGAGGGUCAGGGACAGGCUCACACUGGUAGCGGACCCAUCAACAUAGCCGUCCAUCGGACACAUCGGAUAUCGACAAUACCCGUACCCGUACAGGACGAUGUUGGCCAACCGCAAGUCAUCGAAAUAGAUUCGGGCGAAUUGCCACUGAUAUUGAAGUUUAACUCCCGAUCAUCGAGUAUACAGGUAUCGCAGUCGCAUACGGGCGGCGGCGGCGGUGAGACAGAACAUACCCAAUCGGAGGACGAACCGACCCGAUUGGUACACGAAGUAAACAAACCGAUCAUCCAAGAGGUACGGGAAGUGAUUACACCGUUCAGACGUAUUGUUCAGGAGAUUAGGCCGGUUCAGGAAGAGAUACAUACGAUAGUGGCCAGAGGUGAGGGUCGACAACAACAACAACAACAACAUGUCCAGCAAACCGGUAUCAAAGGUGGCGGCGGCGGCGGUCACGGCAGUAGUGUUAUUGGUGGCGGCGGCAGCUUUGGUGGCGGUGCUAUUGGUGGCGGCGGUAGCUUCGGUAGCGGUAUUAAAGGAGGCGUAUCAUCAGGUGGUGGUGGCGGCGGUUACGGUGGCAGUGGUUUCAGCUCAGGAGGCGGCGGUUUUACCGGUGGUUUUAGUAGCUCUGGCUCUGGUAGUAAAGGUGGCGGAGGAGGAGGAGGAGGUAGUUAUGGAGGCGGCAGUGGGUUCAGCACUGGUGGUAGUAUAGGAGGUGGUGGUGGAGGUUUCAGCAGCGGUGGCGGAGGUUUUAGUAGUGGUGGUGGUGGUGGACAUGGAGGAGGAGGAGGCGGUUAUGGUGGCGGCAGUAGUGGCGGCGGCGGUAGUUUUGGCGGUAGUGGCGGAACAGGAUUUGUAUCGCAAAGCAAAAUAGGCGGCACCGGUGGUGGUGGCGGUGCUGGCGGUAAAGGUUAUAGAGCUAGAGCUUAG